CGGGGCCGGGGCGGGCGGCGUGGGGGCGGCAUGAGGGCCGGUGGCCCGGGGGGCUGAGGCGCCCGCCGCCUGCCGCAGGGCCGCACGCGUCCUCCAUGGAGGCCGGAGAGGAACCGCUGCUGCUGGCCGAGCUCAAGCCCGGGCGCCCCCACCAGUUCGACUGGAAGUCGAGCUGCGAAACCUGGAGCGUGGCCUUCUCCCCAGAUGGUUCCUGGUUCGCGUGGUCUCAAGGACACUGCAUUGUCAAGCUGAUCCCCUGGCCACUGGAGGAGCACUGCAUCCCUAAAGGGUUUGAAGCCAAAAGCCGGAGCAGCAAAAAUGACACCAAAGGGCGGGGCAGCCCAAAGGAGAAGACUCUGGACUGUGGGCAGAUCGUCUGGGGUUUGGCCUUCAGCCCGUGGCCCUCCCCACCCAGCAGGAAGCUCUGGGCACGCCACCAUCCCCAGGUGCCAGAUAUCUCUUGCCUGAUCCUCGCUACGGGACUCAAUGAUGGGCAGAUCAAGAUUUGGGAGGUGCAGACAGGGCUCUUGCUUUUGAAUCUUUCCGGCCACCAAGAUGUCGUGAGAGAUCUAAGCUUCACACCCAGCGGCAGUUUGAUUUUGGUGUCGGCAUCUCGGGAUAAGACUCUUCGCAUCUGGGACCUGAAUAAACACGGCAAACAGAUCCAGGUGUUAUCGGGCCACCUGCAGUGGGUUUACUGCUGCUCCGUGUCCCCGGACUGCAGCAUGCUGUGCUCGGCAGCCGGAGAGAAGUCGGUCUUUCUCUGGAGCAUGCGGUCCUACACGUUAAUCCGGAAGCUGGAGGGCCACCAAAGCAGUGUUGUCUCUUGUGACUUCUCACCCGACUCUGCCUUGCUCGUCACGGCUUCUUACGAUACCAACGUGAUCAUGUGGGACCCCUACACGGGCGAGAGGCUGAGGUCACUCCACCACACCCAGCUUGACCCCCCCAUGGACGACAGCGAUGUCCACAUUAGCUCCCUGAGAUCUGUGUGCUUCUCGCCCGAAGGCCUGUACCUCGCCACGGUGGCCGAUGACAGACUCCUCAGGAUCUGGGCCCUGGAACUCAAAACUCCCAUUGCAUUUGCUCCUAUGACCAAUGGUCUUUGCUGCACAUUUUUUCCACAUGGUGGAGUUAUUGCCACAGGGACAAGGGAUGGCCACGUCCAGUUCUGGACAGCUCCUAGGGUCCUGUCCUCACUGAAGCACUUAUGCCGGAAAGCCCUUCGAAGUUUCCUAACCACCUACCAAGUGCUAGCACUGCCGAUCCCCAAGAAAAUGAAAGAGUUCCUCACUUACAGGACUUUUUAAGUCACGCUCCAUAGUCUCAUAACUUGUUUUCUUUGUAGCAGGAUAAACCUCCGUGGCAGAGGAGGAGCUGGGCCAAAGGGCCCAACAUCAGGUCUUGGCUUGGAAGGGAAUUUGUCUUCGGGGUGUGAACAGAGUGUAGCAAAACCAGAUACCGGUGGACUAGUCACCAGUGUUUUUCUCCAUGACACGGGGAGGUCCGUCACAGAGGGGGACUCCAGUUCCGCGACGGCUGAGCCUUCCCUUAAACCCUCAGUCCCCUUACAGACAGCAGCACCCAACACUUUUCAAAGUCAUGUUUUUGAGUCAAAGCGCAGUUACUCAUGUUGAUUCGGUAGGAAGAGUAACCAGGCCUCAGGAGCCUCUCUGUAGGGGUGGGGUUGGGUCCCUCGACUGGCAGGUGUGGCUUCUGCCCCAUACUUCUGCGUUGUCAUGUUUCACAUACAGCGGUGACAUUGUCCGAAGUUCUCUCCUGCUGUGUCAGAGUGGCUUUGAUGUUGGCAAGCACUGUCCUUCCUCAGGCCCCCCUCUGACCGGCAGGACAAAGUUUCCAUGGAGCCGUGUCCCCUGAGGUAUUGACUAAAUUGCAGGUGACUCAGAGGCCGUGCUCCUGACUGAUACACUAUACAAGGCGCUCUUUUUUUUUUUUUUAUAACCAGUGGUGUGCAUGUGCAGGCGAUGACAGAUGUGUACGUCCGGUUCCACACGGAUGUCCCCCUAAACUGCAUGACUGUUCAGGUGGCCACCGCGUUGGCAGGUGUUUGCCAUUUGUAGCCUAUUUAUUUGUAUUUUCUCAGCAGAUGUUAAGGUACAGCUGUGUCUCCCUCCACGGUAUCUAAAAACCAUAGUUGUUAAGUCCAACGGUUGACGUCUCUUCUUGAGUGUGGGAAGUGGUGUGGUGGCCCCUUGGGCUGGGUCUCACGUACGCGGUCUGCCUUUGCUGCUUCACCUCAUCGGACCGAUCAGCCGUGUCCCCUCCGCCCCGGCACAGACGUAGCUCCUUGAAAGUACUGUUCUCCUUCAGCGGCGUGUAGUUCUCUGAUCAGGACACCUCAUCCCAAUGAAACCUGCCUUUGGAAAAUUUAAUAUAUUGUAAAUUAUUUUAAAAGAAACACACCACCUUAUCCUUUGGCUUUCUUACUAGGUGCUUUGUGGAGGCCAGUGUAAUGUUAUAAAACUUGUUGCAAAAGUA